UCCUUUCCCCCCCUCCGAGCAGGCACUUGAGUAGCCACCUUACGGCCCUUUCCCCCAUUGCCACCAAUGGGUCCUGAGAGGGGUCCUUCGCCUACUCAGCGAGGGGGCGGGGACUAAGUGUCAAGGAUAAUACAUAUAAAAAAAUAAAAUCCCCUCAUUCUGUAUGCGAGGGGGUGAAAAGCAAGUUUGAUUUCAAGUGGCUUCGGAGCGUUGUUAGUUCGGUGCGAGGGGAAGGACCCUCCGGCAGCGCUUCAGGCAGCCCCGGAGCUGGGCCCGGCGACGGCGGCGGUUGGAGGGGAGAGUCCGCGGCGGGGCGCCUGGCUGGCUCGGUCCGCCCACCCCUGCCCUCGGCUCUCUCCCAGGGGCACGGCUGGAGCUGUGAAGGUUCAUCGCAAAGAAUCCCUUUGAGUCUCCAUCUUCAGAGAUGGCUGACUCGGCUGGUGUUGCAGGCGAGCAUCUGAGCACGGGCAAACUUCCCCCUUGGAGGAGAACGAGAGAGCUUUGAAUGAGCACAGACCCACCUUGGAUAUGAGUGACUCUGCUGUAGACGUACCACUACCAGGGGAGCCAUUGGAGGAGGCGCCACCCAAAGGAAAUGGAGGGACAACGGCAGCAGCCCUCGGGGUCAUCACAGAGGGCGUUAGCGAGCUGGCAGUCAUUGACCCCGAGGUGGCCAAGAAAGCCUGCGAGGAGGUGUUGGAGAAGGUCAAGUUGAUGCAAUGUAUCUCGUCAGAUGGCUCCAUUCGGCUGAAGGGCAAGGGGGCGGGGGGCACUCGCCGGCCUGGCCUGGCCUUGCUGAACGGCAGCCCCGGGGAGUGCUGCGAGAUCAGGUGCCUGGACGAUCCACCCAAUAAGAUACAGGAGGAGGAGGAGAACAUGCCCAACUCAGUGAAGAGUGCCCGGCGGCGCCAGAAGAACAACUCAGCCAAGCAGUCGUGGCUGCUGCGACUUUUUGAGUCGAAGCUCUUCGACAUCUCCAUGGGCAUCUCGUACCUGUACAACUCAAAGGAGCCCGGGGUGCAGGCCUACAUCGGUAACCGGCUCUUCUGCUUCCGCAACGAGGAUGUGGACUUCUACCUGCCGCAGUUGCUGAACAUGUACAUCCACAUGGACGAGGACGUUGGGGACGCCAUCAAGCCGUACAUUGUCCACCGCUGCCGGCAGAGCAUCAACUUCUCCCUCCAGUGUGCCCUGCUGCUGGGCGCCUACUCCUCGGACAUGCACAUCUCCACCCAGCGCCACUCCCGCGGGACCAAGCUGCGGAAGCUCAUCCUCUCCGACGAGCUGAAGCCAGCUCACCGGAAGAGGGAGCUGCCGUCCCUCAGCCCGGCACCUGACGUGGGGCUCUCCCCGUCCAAAAGGACUCACCAGCGGUCCAAGUCAGAUGCCACCAUCGGCAUCCACCUCAGCAGCAACUUGAAGAGGACAGCCAGUAAUCCCAAAGUGGAGAGCGAUGACGAGGAGUUGCCAUCGAGUACGGAGAGCCUUGAUAGAUCAUUUUGCUCCCCCAUCCGACUUGCCCCAGAGCGAGAGUUCAUCAAGUCGCUGAUGGCAAUCGGGAAGCGCCUGACGACACUGCCGACCAAGGAGCAGAAGACGCAGCGCCUCAUCUCGGAGCUCUCCCUGCUCAACCACAAGCUGCCGGCCCGCGUCUGGCUCCCCACCGCUGGGUUUGACCACCACGUGGUGCGGGUCCCGCACACCCAGGCUGUGGUGCUGAACUCCAAGGACAAGGCUCCUUAUCUAAUCUACGUGGAAGUACUUGAAUGUGAAAAUUUCGACACCACUAACGUUCCGGCCCGGAUCCCGGAGAACCGCAUCCGCAGCACACGGUCCGUGGAGAACCUCCCGGAAUGCGGGAUCACGCACGAGCAGCGGGCCAGCAGCUUCACCACGGUUCCCAACUACGAUAACGAUGACGAAGCAUGGUCCGUGGAUGAUAUCGGGGAGCUGCAAGUGGAGCUCCCGGAGAUGCACACCAACAGCUGUGACAACAUCUCUCAGUUCUCUGUGGACAGCAUCACCAGCCAGGAGAGCAAAGAGCCGGUCUUCAUAGCUGCAGGAGAUAUCAGGAGACGCCUCUCGGAACAGCUUGCGCACACUCCGACGUCAUUCAGGAGGGACCCCGAGGACCCGUCUGCCGUUGCUCUGAAGGAACCCUGGCAGGAAAAAGUCAGACGGAUCCGGGAAGGCUCUCCGUACGGCCACCUCCCAAACUGGCGUCUCCUGUCCGUGAUUGUGAAAUGUGGGGACGAUCUCCGGCAAGAGCUGCUGGCCUUCCAAGUUCUCAAACAGCUGCAGUCCAUCUGGGAACAGGAGCGCGUCCCCCUGUGGAUCAAGCCAUACAAAAUCCUCGUAAUCUCGGCUGACAGCGGCAUGAUCGAGCCAGUGGUCAACGCCGUCUCCAUCCACCAGGUCAAGAAGCAAUCGCAACUCUCCCUGCUGGAUUACUUCCUGCAGGAGCACGGCAACUACACCACCGAGGCCUUCCUGACUGCCCAGCGCAACUUCGUGCAGAGCUGUGCCGGCUACUGCUUGGUCUGCUACCUGCUCCAGGUCAAAGACAGGCAUAAUGGCAAUAUCUUGCUGGAUGCGGACGGACACAUAAUCCACAUAGAUUUCGGGUUCAUCCUCUCCAGCUCGCCCCGGAAUCUUGGUUUCGAGACGUCGGCCUUCAAGCUCACUACGGAGUUUGUCGAUGUCAUGGGAGGUUUGGACGGCGACAUGUUCAACUAUUAUAAGAUGCUUAUGUUGCAAGGCCUCAUCGCUGCUCGGAAACACAUGGAUAAAGUUGUGCAGAUCGUGGAGAUAAUGCAACAAGGUUGCCAGCAGUGCUUGGGCGAAACGCAGCAGAGUCAGGUCCCUGCAGUAGCUCAGGUCAUCUGCUCCCAGCUGCCUUGUUUCCACGGCUCCAGCACCAUCCGCAACCUGAAGGAGCGCUUCCACAUGAACAUGACGGAGGAGCAGUUGCAGCUGCUGAUCGAGCAGAUGGUGGACGGCAGCAUGCGCUCCAUCACCACCAAACUCUACGACGGCUUCCAGUACCUCACCAACGGCAUCAUGUGACCUGCCCGCAACGCCGGCCUCUUCCCCUCUCCCUACACGCGGCGGGAUCCCACUCUUCCCCAAAGCCAGAGACCUGAAAACCUUCUCGGAGGGAGCGAGGGAUGGGGGAACACCCCCCUUGCCCUCUCCUUCCUCCUGCGAGGCGCCGGCUGGGUUGUCGCCCUCUCAAUCCGGGCACUGCUUUUAACUGGGUUCCUUUUUAGACACUGAUGGGGUUGUGGGGUGUAAGGGGGGGGAAGAACCCCUCGAACUAAAUAGAGAAACUUUUUUUUUCCGUGUGAAAUCCUGAAGGAUCAUGUAUAGAAAAGAAACCCUCUUGAGAUUUUGCUUUUCUAAGCAAAUACAAAUAAGGGCAGAGCCUUCGAUCUCUGGACGUGAGAAAAAAACAACAAACUAUGUUGUCCCCCUGUGUCUCUGCCCCCACUUCAUCCUUCCCCCCAUUGUUUAUUUCAGUAUUAUACCUCUCCUCCUCUGAACUCUCUCUCCCCCCACCCCCUCCAAACAAUCUCACAAAUGUUUUUAUGGGUCCAGGGGAGACUGAGGGGCACAGUGGGAAAAGAGAGAGAGAGAGAUUAUCCUUGCAACAGCUCUGGGAAAUUGUGCGUUUCUGAGCCUUCUGUUUCAAGGCCACUUUCUUCCCACCGCACCCCCUUGGGUUGUAGUGUGGGGGGGUGAGGGGUACUCCUCCCCUUGGCCAACUUCCAAACCUAUGCAUGGUGGGUUUUCUUCCGCGUGCGUUUGUGCAUUUAUGUCGAGACGAUAAAAUUCCCCACGGCUGCCACUCACCUGUAUUACUUCCUGCACAUUUUAAUGCAAGGUGUUGGUUGCAAGUUGCACAAAGCCGGUUUCUGUAUUUCUUACCGCUUCUCAGAGCACAGUUUUGGGCGUUACUUGGCCAUCAGCGAUGGGGCAUGUAGGCACUGAAGUCUUUGCUCACAGCGGAAGCACUGCAGGGGUUUCAUCUUGCACCUCUUUUACACACACGCGAGACUUCAUUGCAUGGGAAGCAUCCAGGGCUGCUUGGCAAUAAUAACUGGGAGUUUUUAAGUGUUUACUUAAAUCUGUGUUGUGUUGAAAUCAACCUUAGCACUGCUGCAGAAAAUCUCCCCCCACAUAAAUUCAGUGGUGGGGACCACCUCCUUAGCUGUGACGCGUUAAAACAUCCUCACCCUUGUUUCUAGUGUGUUUGGCCAAUUGGCCAUCCUCUUUCUCCCUCUCUCUCUCUCUUUGGGGGUCACACAGAAUAUUCCCCCUAGUCUUGUGUCUCUUCCCUCUUUUUUUAAUCUUUCCUUCGUAUCUGUUGCCCCUGUUUACAGCUCCCGGCAGAGUGACGAAGCAGAGGUGUGGGCCUCUCCCAUGCCAUGCCAUUGCUAGGACUCCCAAGGGGCCGCGUCCCCUUCUUCAGCCGAGUUGCCCUCCCCCAGCCCUUUUGGGCCACAGAUAGUGCCUUCUUCGCCUUUGCUCACGUUAGUGAGCCCUCCCCCUUUAAAAAAGCCACCACCAUCAAGCGUGGAAGGUGUUCCAAAUGACCACUGGGAUGCAGCUCCCUGGGGAUGCAAAUGAUUUUUGCAUUAUGAAUUUCAGAAAUAACUCUCCGUGUCUCUGUGUGUGUGGGAGGGAAAUGCGUUUGACUAAACCGCCACCGCCCCCCAGACUCGGUUGGUACUUUUGACUCACUGAAAGAUUGACGGCCUGUUUGGUUCUGCGGUGGGUGGGGGAACGACCCAGUUUCAUGUAUGAAAAUCUGAAAUUCUGCCUUGGGAGAGUGGGGAGGUGGAGCAAUGCCAUGUGACUGGGGUGUGUGUGCGUUUGUGAGCCCGUCUACGAUACCUUAAUGUGCAUCUGUUUUCUUUCUUGCACAGGCUUCCUGUUGGCCUCUUCCCCAAAUCUCCUCCCUGUAUAUGAUUUUAUUUUUCAUGCUAUGCCACGGGUCCGUGUGUGCAUUAUGUGCAGCGCUUAACGUCAUGCCGUGCUAAAAAAAAAUAUCACUUUUUAUUUUUGCACGAGACCAUAUAUUGAGGGGAGAUCAGCUUGGAAACUGAUGCAUAGAUUGCAAAGACGUGGCAGAUCACAUUCCUUGUCUGUGUGUAUGUGUGUGUUGUUUUCAAAUGUACAAGUUCACUGAGCCCUUUUAAAAAAAAAAUGUGAUGAAAUUGGGGGAAACUGUCAGCUGGAUGUUGUGGCCAGAUGACCCUGUGGGGGUUCUGAUGUAGCAAUCGCAUUACUGCAGAUAGUGAUCCAGAAACAUCUUGGGGGGGGGGUGUCUUCAGCACAUCUCCCCAUUAAAUCUGCAGGGAGGGGGAUUUAAAAGUCUCCUUUCCCACCCCAGCCCCAAGAAGUCUGUGCUUGUGUAUGUAUAAAUCUGUGGUCCCCUCCUGCGUUACCUUCUAUUUACAAAAAUAUAUGGUUCUUGUGGCAGAGUGGGUCAUCACUUUUUUUUUAAGGGACGAAACCCACCUCAACUUCAGUAACAACAACAAAAGUGCAAUCUCAAAAAAAAAAAGCGUUUUUGUGAUGGGCCGUCACUGUCCUCACUCGUUUCAUUAGUUUUGUGUCUCUUCAGUUGUUUGUGUUUAGUUUCUUCUUGUAAGAUAACCCUCUUUUUCCUUUUGCACAGGGUGGGGUUAUACAGCCAUCCUCAGCUACUCUCUUGGGGGGGUGGGAAGAGGGGGACUGGGCAGGGAAAUCAGCUCUUUAAAAACACAACAGCAUGAUUGCAGAAAUGGGGAGGAUUUUUGUACCUCCUAACCUUACAACCUUGCAAGUUUUCUUGCAGCAUUGACUGAUUUUGGCAGAAAGAUGAAUUCCGCAUGGUCAACGGUUAGAAAUUUUCUGCUUCUCUAGGGGAGAAUUAUUCAGUCUUCCUCCACCACCACCCAGCAGUUUUAUUCACAGUCAGUUCUGCAAUGUAAUCUCUUUCCUACAGAGUGCAUUGGAACCGCCCCCUGGCCACCCUUUGAUGGGCUGUGGUGGUUUGAUGAGCCUCACCCAAUAGGCACAAAGCAUGGUUAAAAAAUUCAAUGAAAUUCAGCAGCACUUUGCCGCCACCACCAUCACCAUUAAUUAAAUUCCUCUCCCAUUACAUCAGGCCAGUUCCUACAAGGAACUUCUGAACCACCAUUGUCAGAAGCCUCUGGGUGACUGUAGCAACUAAUGAUCCACAGUAGAUACAGUGCUUCCUGUCUUCCUCUGGGAUGGUGCUUGUUCCACACAGCACCUUCCAGAAACCUCCUGCAUUUCUGCCUGCAGCAACAGAGAAGAUGCUGGCUUUGACAGCUGCAACUGACCCCUUUUGCCAUUCGUCUGACUGCUGCAGAGGGGGGUGAGUCAGCUGUCAAACCAGUAGCUGCUACAGUCACCAAGAGGCUUUGGGGCACCUGGUGACUAAAUGGCCGCUUCUGCAAACAGGCUAUUGACAUCCUAGAUAGGGGUGGUUUUAUUUUAUUCUUCACACACACACACACACAAUCUGGAUUAUUUGAGCAAGGCUUUGCAGGUGUGGGGUAGUCACUGAUCUUGAUUGUAGCUAAAUUGGGAUGCCAGCAAACUGGAUGACCUGUGCAGCUAGAAAGGAGUUGGGGUUUGCCGUUACUUAAGACCACUCCCACAAAAGGGGAGGAGCUUCAAGAAGAGGAUAGGAAAUUAUUGAGGGAAGAGGAUGCAUGCCACCUCUUUUUUUAAAAAAAUAUGUUACAUUAAUGACCCUCCUGGCCUCAUUAAGUCACCUCCCAUUUUCCAGAGCAUUGCUGAUGGCCCCCCAAAAUCUUGGCGCAUGACUUUUUUUUAUGUGUGUGUGUUGGGUUCUUUCAUUCUUUUCCCUAGUUAGUAAGGAUGGGCCAAAACUCCAAAAUAAAAUCUAUGAAAUGAACUUAAAAUUUCUAAUAAAAAUGUCCUUUUUAUAAAUCUAUCUAUAUAUGUAUAUAUAAAAAGAAAAAUGCAAGCCAAAUGUUUGCAGAGAA